AUGAAGAGAAGUCUCAUCCAUGGACCACGGUUUGGACAAGCUGUCAUCGGCCCUCCCGGUGCUGGGAAGACAACGUAUUGCCACGGCAUAGCCCGUUUCCUGAGUGCGCGGGGUCGACCUGUGGCGGUCGUCAACUUGGACCCUGCCAACGAUAAACUUCCUUUUCCUGUCGACAUAGACGUCUCAGAACUCGUGAAUUUGGCGGAUGUCAUGGAGACACAUAACCUGGGACCCAACGGCGGCCUCGUGUACUGCAUGGAUUAUUUGGAGCAAAACUUUGACUGGCUGCUUGAACGACUGGAAGCUUUGCAAGGACGGCGCUACGUCCUCUUCGAUUUCCCCGGACAGAUCGAGCUCUACACGCAUGGCGAGGCGGUUCAACGUCUGUUGCAACGUCUGGAGAAGUGGGGCUGUCGGUUGACCGCCGUGCAUCUGGUAGACGCCCACCACUGCAGCGAUGCCGGCAAGUUCAUUUCGGCCGUGCUCAUUUCGUUGACAACCAUGGUGCGGCUGGAACUCCCCCAUGUCAACGUUUUGAGUAAGGUAGAUUUGGUCGAAUCCUAUGGGCGCUUGGCUUUUGACUUGAACUUCUACACAGAUGUGGUUGAUGUGCAACGUCUUUUGCCCUAUAGGACUUUUCAUUGGUCGCAUUCCAUCCCUUGA